AUGGUUCGCCUUGCCAACCUCUCCCUCUCUUCCCUAGCCUUUGCGGCCCUUGUAUCGGCCGUCUUCAUCGUCCCCGGCGGCCCCUGGCGUGACACCAAUGGCAAUUUGGUCAACGCCCACGCUGGCGGCGUGACUUUCGACGAGGCAACAAAGAAGUACUGGCUGUUUGGCGAGUACAAGGUCAAAGGGCAAACCGAAGGCGGAGGUGUCAGAGUGCAUAGCUCUGAGGAUCUCGCCACCUGGGAGGAUCAUGGCCUUGCUCUGGCACCGAUUAUUGGCCACCCAAGGAUCGAUCCAUCCAUGGUCAUCCAGCGCCCCAAGGUCGUGUAUGCCGAAAGCACAGGCAAAUACAACAUGUGGUGGCAUGCAGACGCGCCGAACCGAGCCUACAACUGGCUUCUCCAGGGCCAUGCCGUGUCCGAUACCAUCGAGGGGCCAUACACCUACGUCGAUGCCUUUCAGCCGCUCGGAAACUGGUCGCAGGACUUUGGGCUGUUCACGGACCCACACACCAAGACUUCCUAUGCCUUGUACUCCAACGGCGAUCGUCGUGAGGCCCGCGAUGUAUACCCAACCUCGUACAAUGAAGACUUAGACACAACACGUUGGUUUUCGGGCUUUAAAAUUCAACUAGAGAUAGAAUCAGCAAUUAUGAACUACAUAUCAAAUUUCUAA